GCCCUGCCUCCCGCCCGCGCCCGCCGCAGCGCCGCUCCCUGCAGCCGCCCGGCGGGGUGAGGAGGCGGCGGCCGCUCGCUCCCGCCUUCCCUCCUGCUCUGCCGGCCACUCGUCCGCCGCCGCGCAGGCCGCCUCGAUUCUCUCAGAAAAUGAUGCACCCUGUGGCCAGCAGUAAUGCAGCUUUCUGUGGGACAGGCAAGAGUUCUUGCCUGAACGAAGACAGCGUGAGAGCUGCCGAGCAGUUUGAGCUGUACACCACGCAGCAGAGCAAGUACGGCCACCCCGUCAGCCACAAACCCAUCGCCUGCCAGAGACAGGAUGCCCUGAACGACUCCCACUUGCAGACCACAAGUGGCAGGAGUAUAGAGACGAAAGAUGAACUGAAGAAAAAGAAAAACCUCAACCGCUCUGGUAAACGUGGAAGGCCGUCAGGGACCACAAAAUCAGCAGGGUACCGCACCAGCACAGGUCGACCCCUGGGGACCACCAAAGCAGCUGGAUUUAAGACAAGUCCAGGCAGACCCUUGGGUACAACUAAAGCAGCAGGAUACAAAGUCAGCCCAGGCAGACCUCCAGGUAGCAUUAAAGCUCUAUCACGGCUUGCAAAUCUAAGUUAUACUUGUGGCAGUGCAGCUUUUCCCUAUCCCAUGGUGCAUAACCGAGGAAUACACGCUGCUGGAGAAGGCAGCAGCCAACAGCCUAACGAGUAGCAGGAGGCAAUUAUUAACUCCUCGAUAAUCCGCUUUGCUCCAAACCGUGGCAUGUUUCCUGCAUUCUGUUGUAGUGUUUGCCUGAGUUCCCACACUUGAUUUUUAUUUAAUUAAUGCCAUAGCCCACGGGUGUGGUUCAGUAACUUAAAGCAUCGUUGAGAAGGCACUGGUUAAGGAGGGUUUUGUUUGGUUUAGAUAAUCACUUAGAGCUCAAAGUGAUGCAUUUUGCCUCGGUGUUGACACUUCAGUAAUGUCCACGUUCCUAGUUUUACUUUCAGUUUCUGGUAAAUCUAGUUGUGUGAUUAUGCAUUAAAUAAUUAAGGAGGGCAGGAUUAGCUGGCUGUUGGUUUAUGAUGUGGCCUGUCCCACAGUAAGUAGCUUAGUCUGAGUUCUUACUUGAAAAGAAAAAUCAAGCUGCAGUGUCCACCUCUGCAGGACUUUCUACCAGACCUCAAAUAGUGAAAAACGUAACAAACCAACCAACUCAAUCUUUCUUUGAAGUGCUGAUUUUUGUUUCCGGAGUAUAGAAUUGAGUAGAUUUCAAUUAAUGCUCCAAAAACACUUCUGAAAAUAGAGAAGCAAACUGAGGGCCUUAAUGAGAGGAACUGCUUUGCCUUUAGGUGAUAGCUGUGCUUUCAGUUCUGCUGGGUCAGUCUGAAAUGCCUCACAGGACAUACACCAAACCACAAAUCAUUCUGGCAAAGAUUUUCUAAGACAUUAAGUACUGUUCGCUCUAGUUACACACUUGGUUAAUAUUAAACAGUGUGUUCUGAAGCCUGUAAAUAGCUACUGACACUGGGUUUUGCCUUUCAAAUCUGUGCUUUGGUGGCGACAGUUUAAUAGCUUUUAAAGUAUUAAUCCAUAAUGUUUACAAAUUAAACUUUUUACAUAGACACUGUUGCCAAGUUUUCAGGCUUGGUUUUGGCAGGUAUUGCUGGAAAUACAGUUAUUUCAUUGUUUGACACUUAGAUUUAAGUUAUGGAAGCUGAAAUAUCUACCAAAGGACACCAUUUUGCUGAUUUAUAAAAGCAAACUGUAUAGCUGAUGCAAAUAGGAUGCAGUUUACUGCACUGCUAGACCGCAGAUAUAAAGCAAUUCAUCUAUGCAUGCAAGCUGGAAAAAAAAAGUGUUGCUGGUUAACUAUAAAUACCUUUUUUGACUCAAACCCUUCCCUCCUCCUGAAAGAAAUGUUCCAUUUUUCAGCUGAGUGUGUUUAGUGGUUUUUUUUUCAGUGUGGGAGCAUGUGUGUGUGUGUGUGUAAAGCACUUUCAUUUAGACUUCAAAAAGAUCAGUCCUCAAUGUUGCCUAUUGUCUGUGCUAAAUUUAUUUUGCUGGAAUUAAAGCUUUACUUUUUUUUUUUUCCACCUGGAAGAAAGGUUACAUUUUAAGUUGUCACCUAUAAUGUGACAUUAUGAUAAAUUUGGAGCUUGAGCUGUCUGGGGAGGGGGGAAUAGAGAGCAUUGCAGAUAUGGGGAGGGGGGCAUAAAAAUUGGGGUGAAUUGAGCCCAUGCUGAAUGAGUAAUGGUGCUGAUAGGUUUUGUUACCGUAGAUGCUAUUCUGGCCUGCUGUGGUUGUGAUGAGAACUCUUGCUUUCAGUGAUGACAACUUAAGACACAGAUGUCAUGUUUCAUACCUCUUUUAUCAGGAAAAAAGCAGCAAGCCUUCAGGUGUUCCAGUGAUGCCUAACACAUAGUGUGCUGGACUUUGCCCUGUACUUUACAAUAGGUGUGUUGCAUUGUUUUGGGGGAACUCUGUAUGCACUGGCAACUAGGACAAUGAACCUCAGCUGUACUGGAUGGCUCCUUAGUCCCUAGAUGAACUGAUGGCAGCUAAACUGCUACUAACAGCCGUCUCCUUCAUGCUGAAGCUAUGAAAUCCAGUCCGUUCUGUUCCUCAACAAACUCACAAGUCCAACCUUUAGCAGUCCUCACAACGAUGUCAAUUCCACACAUGCAGAAGGCUGACGUGGGCCAGUCCACCCUCAGGAUCUGUGUUGUGUUGGCUGUUUUUAAUCAGCUGAUUUUUCCCAUGACUUACUGCUGUCAGUUCUUUGCUGAACUCAGCUAGCAGAGCAGUCCUCUUCGGCUGAAUGUAUACCCACAGGAGUGUCACACCUCGCUGGCAAGGAGCGUGUUGCAUGUCACCACUGCACCUUGGAGAAACUCCACCUCUUACUUCCUUCUGCUGAUCCCAGUCACUCCUGUCCCGUUGCUCACCUGUGCAUCUCCCCGAUGGUGCUGUGCCGUGUGUCAGGAGAUGGUGCAGAUGUGUUGCUGUUCUGCUCGUGUAAUCAAUUCUGUAUUCAAGUAUGCUGAUGAAAUGAUGAAAUCACUUAAGCAAGUGCUGUUCAUUACAGUGUGUGUUAGUGGCAUCAGACAGCACAUAAUCCCAGUGAAAACCAGCUAACCUUGUCAGUUGUGUAUCCUGGCGCGGGCUGCUGGGCACUCUGCAUUGAGCGUGAAGACGGAAGCGUACUGCUGGGUGUUCCCCAGGCCUGCUUGCUUUGAGACCUGGCUGGAGUUUGCUGGUGCCCUGCAGCAAGGGGAAGAGAAAAGAAGCUAAAGCAAUUCAAAGUGAACUAGAAAUGGGAUUCUGCAGAGCACAUUGUGGUUUUGUCCAGCACUUUGCUUCCCUUGAGAAACACUGAAGAGCGUGGCAACGCCUCAGCUUUCUAGUGCCGCCGGGAGCACUGGCCUUUUCCCCCAGGCUGGGAACAUGACUUGUAAGGUAAAUGGCUUAUUUUAUAUUCUGUCUCUUCAUUCAGCUACGAUCACUGUUGUGUGUUAACACUGUUGGGAAGAGCUACAUGUCAAGUUUGGGUUUUAAUAAUUUCUUUUAAAGAUGAAGUUUCUAACAUUUGUCCAUAAAUGGAAGGUAUUAGCUUGCCGUUUAUUCCUCAGUGAUGCUAUAGAAGGGCACUGUUUGAUAGACCUAGAGUAACUGCUAUUCAGUUUCUCAUUACAUUUACUUAAACUUUAAAACCAAAUAAUUUUGCUACUACCAAGUCUUGCACUGGACAUACUCAAGAUGCUAGCAUCGUGUUUUGACAGAAGAAAAUCAGAUACCCCCAGAAGUGGCUGACUUUGGUAUGGAAGAGCAUUCCUAAACUCAGCGGUUAGCUUUGGCACUAACCCCAUGUUCUUAGAGCUUGGAUUUAACCUAAUCAAACUAACAAUGUCUCAAGAGCCAUUACAGAUCUCUUUCUGAGUAAAUCUCUUUUCAUUUGGCCUGAAAGACUUGAGAGCUCAGCCAGGACAGAGCUGAGCCUUGUCGGUGACAGGCGCUGUGUCUGUGAACUACAGCACCCAGAGUGACUCAGAUGAGAAUUUAACUCCCUCCCCCGUGUUCGAAGAGCUUUAAAAGGCAGAGCAAUGCGAAGCCGUUUGCCCGGUGGUUCCCUUUGCUGUGACUCUGCUGGUCUUUGUUACGUGUAUGAUGUUUCACACCAUCCUUAGAGUUGACAGUUAAACAGUUGAUAGCGGUCACCAACACUAUGAACUGCAGACUUCAUUGCUGACCACAAAAGAAGUUUAUUCUUCUCUAUUUUAACGCAUAUAUUUUAACACUGCUUAAAUACAUUUAUGACUUUAGUAGAGACUAGAUCUUUCUUCUUGUGAUUUCCCUCCCUCAAAUAGAAAAAUCUCUAUUCCAAAAUUUGAACCACUUUCUGAUAUUUUAAUCUUUCAGCAUUUGGUUUUCCACAGGUUUCCUUUGGGGGAAGCAGUAAUCUGUUACCUAAUAGUAUCAGCACCCCGUCCUCUGCUGUAAAAAGCCUGACUAGAUACUGUGUAUGUUUAUAUGUCCAUGAACUUGAGCUACUCGUGUGCAAUUAUGUGUAUGGGAAUGGAGUAGUGUUCAUGAUCUGUAUUUACAUCAUCAUAUGGAUGUAUAUUUAUUAAUAAAGUUACUACUUUAAAACUUGA